AUGGCUCGAUUAGGGGCUGAAAGGCAAUUACAGGCUGCUGAAAAAGCUUUGGAACAUCUGGAAAUGGCGUUGAAAAUGACUGGCGCUCAAAUGACUGAGCUACAAGAGCACAUUAUGCCUGAUGUGCAUAAGCUAAGAGAAUACUUCGAACAAUGCGCAUUGGAAGCCCAUUUGGAAGCGAAUCGAACCGGAAUUAUGCGGAAUGCUGUCUACGCAAGAAAGUAAGC